AUUUCUUCUCUGCUUCAAUUGAAACAAAAAUCAUAUAAUUUGAUCAUAUGGCUUUAGGCUUAUUCUGUAUCAGGAUACUUAAUAGGCUACUGUGAUGAUCUGCUCAUCGAUAGUAGAAUAGAUAUUGUAGGAUGGCAUUAACCAUCGCAACUAUAAGACCUUCUACGAGAAAUACUAAUAAUAAUGAUGAUAAUAAUAAUAAUAAUACAAAAAAUACAUUUUGAAUAUCUACUGAACUUUAAAGAACACAACCAACAUAUCAAUGACACUGAAUAAAAUAUGUUACAAUAUCUUGUACAAAACAUUACAUUGAAAUGCCCUCACUAUAUAAGUAGAAGUUAGAAGCGUCUCAGGCUGAAUUGCAUUUGAACACAAGAAGGAUUACAUAAAUUGCCAUAAUUAAGAAAAUAGCACUGAGAAACCGACACCAGUUCUCUAUGGGUUUCAAACCGGUCGCCUGAGGGGCCUACUGAAAGAAAACACUGUUUUGAGAAAAGCGUGGCGUUAAAAAAUACACAUAUAUUUUCUUAUAUGAUAAUACGUAGACUAAUUAUUGCCGUUGAUGUUGGCCUAUUCAUGUUUUACACGAAUUAGCAGUCAUGCAUAUAGAUAUCCAUAGAGUAAUGCUUUGUGUUUCUGUUGACAAGAUUCAGACGCACUCCGUAGGCAAUCUCUCUGCGGACUAGCGGCACAAUAACUAUGUGCAAAGCCGUUAACAUAAUUUAUGCAAUUCAGUUGAUUUGGAUAUCCACGCAUCUCUCUUCCAUACAUGUAUUGAUAUUAGACAAAUUAAAAGCCAUGAAAUUUGGUACAAUGAUGGAAUCGUUAGCGGCGCAGCGGGGCAGGGAUAUUUUGUUUUGUCUUCAAUUAGCGGCUGAUUGAUGUUUUCAGAACAGGUCAACUGUGAAAUCUGAAUUAUACGUGUGAGUGUGGCGCACAGGGUGAGAUCCGUGUGGAUCCAACGUCUUAAAAACCUAAAUGCUGUCAUUAUUUUAAACAAUGCGAGCCUGUUAAUUAGGCUCUCCUCUUUCUCUGAAACGCGCAGCCUGUUAAAACUUAUCACUGCAGAUGUAGACCAUGAAACAUAAGGACAUGCAAGCGAAGGCAAUACGCAUCGUGACAGGCACGAAAAAGCAUGGCAUGGCUUGGUCGUUUUUGUCUGAACACUCGCUAGAGACUCUCCAGACUGUGGUAUCAAGGAAUCUGUCUAAAAUAGGGAACAUAUUUUAGCCAUACUUAUACAACGCUACUUAAUGGUAAAUAAGAUCCUAUAGGUCGCUGUCUUUCAGCACCACGCAGUAGUCUCACAGUUUUCUCUGCCAGUAGACGGCGGUAAUACACUUCUGUUCAGUUUUGCAAAGUUAUGCGUAAUUCCUUAAACCACCUGGGUAUACAGGCCUUUGGAAUAUGUUAUAUUACAUGAAAUAUGCCUCAAUUGGCAAGUAUACCUUAGAAAUAUAACGGCUCUGACGAUUGGAGUGUGGUUUGCAUCUGAUUGAACACGUGGUGUGUGUGUGUGUGUGUGUGUUUGCGUGAGAGAGUAAAUGUGAGUCGUGCUUUUUGCUAGAAAAGAAUCAGUUAGUUUUAUUUACAGCAGUUCAACAUUUGAAUUAAUGUAAGUGAAAAAAUGUUCCGUUGACAUGUCUGAAUUAUUCUCACGUCGCAGUCAUAUCCCUUCUUUCCGUAGAUUUAUCAAAUGAAUCCAAUAACCUGCAAUGUUCAGAAAAAAUAUAUCACAUAGUUGUUUUUAAAUCCCUUAGAAGUUUAACUAAGAGUAUAUUCUCUUCCCCCAACUAGUUCUACAAUAUUUACUUUCGGUGGGAGGGGUGGAGUUGACCCUCACCGUACCCCGCCUACUAGUGCUUUCUACGUUUUCUACGUCACCUGACCGACUGCCAUGCAAAUUUCUCCCUUUCUAGAACGCCAUUGGCCACCCGCUCAUUCUAAUCGCUGUCAAAGCGCAUCAUAUGGCUGCCGCUUAAACUAACUUCUCAACUACACUAGGGAAAGUAGCUCAACUGCGCAUUCUAUUACGGUGGAUGUGAAACGGCAAGCGGAGACGAGGCAAAAUACAGGGGAAAACAAACCUGCGAGAACACCUUCCUGGAUUAUAUUACAGGUUAUUUUACUUGCUUUAUUUGGAGCCCAGUCCGCGUGUUUGCGCUUGUUCCACUGGACUUGAGCGCCUUCGCUGACUGUUUUUUUCUUGUGUUGGUUGAAAAGUUAAUAAACCGGGUGAAUGUAUAGCAUGAUGAUGGAAACGGACCUCCACUCCCCCGGCCCCCAAACCAAUACGAAUACGGGGCAAACAGGGACAAACGCCGGGAACAAAAAUAACCAAGAGCGCGUUAAAAGACCAAUGAACGCUUUCAUGGUCUGGUCCCGGGGCCAACGACGCAAGAUGGCCCAGGAAAAUCCCAAAAUGCACAACUCUGAGAUCAGCAAAAGACUUGGAGCCGAGUGGAAGGUGAUGUCAGAGGCAGAGAAACGGCCAUUCAUCGACGAAGCGAAGCGGUUACGAGCCAUGCACAUGAAAGAGCACCCGGAUUAUAAGUACAGACCCAGGCGAAAGACCAAAACUCUGCUUAAAAAGGACAAGUACUCCUUGGCUGGUGGUCUACUUGGUGGGCCCGGUGUCGGGGGAGGCGUUGGUCUCGGCGUCGGGAUGAAUUCGGCAGGAGUUGGACAGAGGUUGGAGAGCCCGGGGGGUCACGGCGGCGGUGCCAGCGCCGGCUAUGCCCACAUGAACGGCUGGGCAAAUGGUGCGUAUUCGGGACAGGUUGCAGCCGCUGCAGCGGCUGCGGCAAUGAUGCAGGAGGCGCAGCUAGCCUACAGCCAGCACCCAGGCUCGGGUGCCCACCAUCACCAUGCUCACCACCAUCAUCCACACAACCCGCAGCCCAUGCACCGUUACGACAUGACGACCCUCCAGUACAGCCCCAUCUCGAACUCCCAGAGCUACAUGAGCGCCUCUCCGUCCGGCUACGGAGGGAUCUCCUACCAGCACCAGAACUCUAGUGUGAACUCCCCGUCCAUCGGUUCGCUAGGAUCACUGGUGAAGUCGGAGCCGAACCAGCGAAGCCUGUGUGGGGGUGAUUGUGAGAGACUCCGCUGGAAUUUGGCAGACCCGACGGUUGGAGAGCAGCCCCACGCUGAUUCCCAUUCAGCGGUCCGGCGCGCUGUGAGGUUGGGAAGUUUCACUGAGCCGUGCACUCAAUGGCUCCACAAAGCUGAUUACAAGCCUCAGCGAAUUCCUGAAGGGAGCGAGCAGCAACGCAGGUGCGAGGGGGACCCGUCAGAGAAGUGACAGAACAGGACAAGGCAGGGACCACACAAAAAACUCCUACAAGCUUUCCCGGGAAGCGGUCGGAGAUUUGGUGGGAAAAGUGAAUGAAUUAGAGGAGAAAAAGACUUUGGAAGUCUUCAGGGGUGCCUCCUGCAGAGAUUGAAAAAAAAGAUAAAGUUUCUUGAAGGGAUACGUAAAGGGUAAUUGUAGAUUUAAACACGAAGCAUUGUGCAUAAUAAUAAUAAAAAUAACCGAAUAAUCCA